AUGCAGCGCAACGUCCAAAACAAUAGAAAACAGAACUCCGGAGGGGGCACUGGUAGCAACGGUACUAGUAACAACGGCGCCCCGACACCCACCAAGACCGCGCGCCGCAACGCAUCGGCUGCUAAUUCUAAUGCUACUGUAUCGAAGCCUGUUGCUCCCCAGCAACCGCAGCAGCAGCAGCGUUCCACAGCCGCCUCAACUUCAACCCGGCAGGUGCAAGCCAGCAAUGGCCAGCCGAGCAGCACUCACAACACCAGCACCAGCACCCGCACCAGCGCUACUGCUACUGCCAGCACGGCAACUGCCGUAGGCCAGCAACAACAGAUUCCUAUCCGUUCAGGUCCCGGAAAAAACACUGCUGCUGCUGCUGCUCCUGUUGCUGCUACUGGCCCAGCCAAGAAGACCGCCGCCGCUGCGACCACAGCCGCUCCGAAGUACCCUGACCUCAAAAACGAGCGAUACAUCGCCGAGCUAGCCGUGCAACGCGUCGUGCUUGCAACCAAGACCGUUCUCAACUCGAUUCUCCCUCUUAGUCCUGACGCUCCCAGCUUUGGCGCCGCCCUCGGUCAAGUGAAGAUGGCAGGCGCCAAAGCAGCCGGCGCCGCAAGCGGCGCCACAGCCGGCGCCAUAGCCGUAGCCACAGCCGUGGCCAAAGCCGACGACUCGCCCGUGACAAUCGCCGAUUUCGCCGGGCAAGCACUCCUCAUCGCCGCGCUGAACAAGGCGUUCCCCCGGGACGGCUUCCUCGGCGAGGAGACGGCCAAGGAGCUGCGUGCCAACCCGGCGAUGGCGGAGAAGGUGUGGCAGCUCGUGAAGGCCACUAAGCUCGCGGAUGCGGAACGCGAGACGCUGCUCGGCCGGCCCAAGUCCAAGGAGGAGAUGCUGGCGCUGAUUGACCUUGGCGGGAGCGUGGAGACGGCCGUGCCGGGGAAGCGGUACUGGGUGAUGGACCCCUUGGACGGGACGUCGGCGUUUUUGCAGGGCGGGCAGUACGCCGUGGCUCUAGGGCUGGUGCAGAACGGGCGGGAGAUAUUGGGCGUCGUGGCGUGUCCGAACCUGCCGUACGAGAGGUGGGUAGUGGGCGAAAUACAUGAGGCGAUGGUUGGCGAUGAAGGGCUGGGCAUCAUGAUGGCGGCGGUGCGGGGCCACGGCGUGACGAUUCGGAAGGUCGGGAAGGGCAAGUUGGGCAAGUCCGCACAGGUCGACCGCAGCGGGCUCCGGCAGCCGCCCAUCACAGAGCCGUAUCCCGGCCCGGCCAAGUUUAAGAAGCUAGUCUUUGUCGAUUCGGAGAACAGCCCCAAGACGCGGGUGGAUAAGCUCAAGCUGUUCACCGGGGGCUGCUCCGGGGCCGUGCAGCUAUACUCGUCACAUGUGCGGUACGCUGUCAUGGCCCUGGGCGACCGCAGCUGGACGCAGAUCCGUUGGCCGAAGGCCCCUAACGAGAAGGGCAAAGGAAGGUGGUCGAUCUGGGAUCAUGUCGGCACGCCGCUCAUUUACACCCAGUCUGGGCCGGGCGUGGUGACGGAUCUGCUCGGUAACAACCUGCGGUACGACGAGGGGAGGAACUUGGAGAGUACUUGGGGCGUAAUCACGGCCGACGCGACGAUGCACCGGCAGAUCGUUGACAUGGUGGCUGCCAUGCCCAAGUUCUGA